AUGCGAAUUCUCGGCAUUAACUCAGUCUACCAUGAAUCAGCCGCUAGCUUGAUCAUUGACGGCAAAGUCGUUGCUGCGGCCGAAGAGGAACGCUUCUCUAGAGUCAAGCACGGCAAACCUGCAGCAGUUGACAAUGCGGAUGAGCUGCCUCUGGAGAGCAUUCGGUUUUGCAUUGAAUCCGCAGGCAUUAAACCCGACGAUCUUGACGGGAUUGCCUACUCAUUCGACCCCGAUUUGAGAGCAAGUGACUUCAUCUUGGAUGAAGAAACUGAGGCCGGGGACUGGGGAACUGAGGAAGGGGAGAAGAUCUUCAUUUCCCGAAUUCGCUCUGUUCCUGGAGCCCUGGAAUCGGUCUUGGGCCUACCAGCCGGACAGCGUUUUACCUUCAUACCGCAUCAUGUCUCCCAUGCUGCAUCCGCCUUCUAUCCUUCGGGGUUUAAAGAUGCCGCUAUUCUAGUAGCUGAUGGCAUUGGUGAGGCAGCCUGUACUCUCCUUGCGCGAGGAGAUAAGACUGGAAUUACCGUCUUGCGCGAAAUUCCAUUUCCGCAUUCUAUUGGGUUCCUUUGGGAGAAAAUCAGCAAGUAUCUUGGGUUUUCCGAGUAUGACGCGUGCAAGGUCAUGGGCCUUGCAGCCUAUGGCGACCCUUUGAGAUUUAAGGACGCUUUUCCAAACCUGAUGCGUUUCGAUCUCGGCGCAUAUACAAUCGAUAAACAAACAGCCAACUUUCGACUGCCCGAUUUUGACCGUCUAGAGACUCUAUUUGGGCCUGCUCGAAAGCCAGAUACAUCAUUGGAAGCCCAUCACUAUGAUGUAGCCGCCGCUCUUCAAGCCGCCACUGACACCGCAAUUCUUGCGCUCGCGCAGGAGAUCCGUCAGACAGUAGACUCAGAGAAUAUUUGCCUUGCGGGAGGCGUCGCCCUGAACUGCGUUAGCAAUAUGGUACUUAAGGAAGCCGGUAUUUUUGACAACAUUUUUAUUCCAUCGGCUCCUCACGAUGCAGGCACCGCAAUGGGUGCAGCUCUUGUGCUAAACCAUCGCAUGGGUGGUAAGCUAAAUGCGGCAUCCGACACUCCCUAUCUCGGGCCAGAAUUUACCCACAAGGAAAUUAUGGACGCAUACGAAGCAGCUGGGCUGAAGCCGUCUCUGUCGAAGUCACCCGCCCUUGAGGCCGCUCGUAUGAUUGCAGCAGGCAAAAUCGUUGCUUGGUUCCAAGGGAGAAUGGAAUUCGGGCCGCGGGCGCUGGGCAAUCGCUCGUUGCUGGCUGACCCACGAACCAUGACUACUCGCGAAAUGCUAAACGUCAAAGUCAAGCAUCGCGAGACAUUCCGACCAUUCGCUCCAAGCGUUCUAGCCGAGCAAGCGGGCGAGUGGUUUGACCUGGGUCGCUCUUCCUCCAGCUUUGACUUCAUGCUCUUUGCUUGCCAGGCUGCGGCUGAGCGCCGAGAACGUAUACCAGCAAUCUUACAUGAGGACGGAAGCGCACGAGUACAGUUAGUGCAUCGCGAGCGGAACCCUUUGUUUUACGAACUUAUUUCUUCUUUUGCGGACUUGACGGGAGUUCCUAUGGUGCUCAAUACUUCCUUUAACGACAGUGAGCCAAUAGUCUGCACUCCCGCUGACGCUAUUGCAACCUUCCAGAAGACGAGCAUCGACGCAGUCUUCAUAGGUAAUAUGUUUGUUACCCGUCAAAGCAAUUUGUGA